AUAUUUGAAGAAAUUAUGCUAAUGGAGCGGGAAAUGCUAAAAUCAUACCCGCCUCAUAAGUUAUACCUACCAAACAUUUUGCGGGUUUUACCCAUACCCUUCUCAUACCCGAUCAAAGCGGGAAUUUCCAACGUUGACUGGGUCGACGACGGACGGAUACCCACGGUCAUGGUUUGAUUGCCAUCCGUAUUCCGGAAGCACAAGUGCACAGCUGUCCCUAAUUCUGAUUGAUCCCUGAUUCUGAACGACUGUCCUAGGGCUUUUGCUUUUCCUCUUCUUCUUUCUUUCCUCCUUCCUAUUUGGAGAAAUAGUUUCCUCUCCUUUCUCGCAUCUCUCAUCGGUCGCCUUCGAUGGCGACACCUUCCGUCUCUAAUGCCGGCGCUCCCGCCACCGGCCACUCACCCCGACAAUCAACCGUCGCUCUGGUGAAGGUCGAAACCGUUUCAGGAUCACCGCCGCAAGGCCAAUUGCAACCUCCGAACCCCCAUGUCAAAUCCGAGCAGGUCGAGGUAAAUGGCCUCCCAAUUGUUACAUUGCCGCCGCAGCAACCCGAGCAGCAGAGGUCUCGGGUUUUGGAAUCAGUACAAAGAUUGUGCAAUCUAUCUUCCGCUAUUCUAGAAUUCAAGAGCAGGUUCGACGAAUUGGAGAAGCACCUCGAUUUGGUCCGGACUGCUAUCGAUAGUCACGAGCAGCCAAAUGGUCAAGUCGACGGCGAAGCUGUGGCGCUCGUGCCUUCGGGGGCAGAUGGCGCUGUUCCGGCGAGUUCUGAGCUACUGAAUCUCUGCGAGGCGAUGUGCGGCAAAAGCCUCCGCAAGUAUAUCAUCACUCGCCUAGACAACGUCCAGAAGCUUCGUGAAGAACUUCCAUCGGCUCUUAAAUCAGCUCCGCAACCGGCCAGGCUUGUGUUGGACUGCAUUGGGAGGUUCUAUCUUCAAGGAAGCAAAGCUUACGCCAAAAACUCUCCAAUGGUUCCAGGGAGAGAAGCUUGCGUUCUAGCUCUGGAAUUGUUCUUGUUGAUGACUGAGGGCGAAGUCAAGCUAGAGGAACAUGUGAGACAAGAGGCUGUUCAGGCUGCUAUGAACUGGAGAAAGAGGCUUGUAGUGGAAGGUGGCAUUCGCAAAGCUAGUGACAUUGAUGCCAAGGGUUUGCUUCUGUUUGUUGCGGCUUAUGGAAUUCCCAAGCUCUUCAAGAAUGAGGACAUUUGGGAUCUGGUUCUCGCUGGUAAUGCUGGGCAGGUUGCUGAGGCUCUUCGAAAGUCCACUGUUCUGGUGUCCAGAGUUACAGAAAUCAUAGCACAGGCGAUGACCAGUGCGACAAAACAAAAUGCCAAACUCGAGGCUGUUGAUGUGGCAUCUAGUUUCGGGAUUGAUGACAAGUUUCCUCCUCAGAAGCUUCUGACUGCAUACCUUCGGGAAUCGAAAGAAGCACUAAAGAAGAGAAGAAGGGAAGCCAAUAGUUUGCCCAUGCUGCUGAAACAGGCAAAUGACCGCCACUUGUCUUCUCUGGCAUCUGUGAUGAAGUUCCUCGAGGACCGCAAACUCGAUCCUUUGAAAGUUGUUCCCGGAUGGCAACUUACAGAGAAGAUAACCAAGUUGGAGAAAGAGAAUGCUGAUCUAAACAAAAAAAUUAUGGACAAGGCGAUGAUUAAGAGGAGAGCUGAUUUGAAUGAUAUAACGACGAAUCAAGCAAUGAAGCGGCCACGAGGGAUUGGUCAAGGAGCAUCCACUGGAUCCGCUAGCAUCGGGGGCUUACAUGAACACAAGGCUGCAGCUGCAGCCCCCUACAUGAGCCCAUACAAUAAUAAUACCUCAUUGAGGGUAAACCAUCCCCUGGGUGCUUAUGGAGGAGAUACAUAUCCUUGUGCAACUUCAGCACCUCUCUAUUCAUCUGCAGGUGUGCCUGAAAAUGCUGUAAUGCAUGGUGGUGCAGUGAAUCAUCAUCAGGGUGUAUACAAUCUUCCCACCACAAGUGCUUCUGCUGGGAAUGUAGCAAAUGGCCUUCGGUGGGAGACAGUGGUCGACAGGGCUGGGCACAUGGUUGCAAACAACAGCAGCUUGGCAUACACAGCACAAGGUGGACAGAGUUAUGUUAGUAGGCAUGGUACUUAUGGGCUGUUCGGGCCAUCGCCUUCGAUAGAGGGGUUUCCUGGACUGCCGAAUUCGCCACCACCAGGAGUUGGUGCUGCUACUGCCACCAAUCCAGCAGACUUGUACCGUUUUGCAGAUUCUGUGGUCGAAACCGAGUAUAACAGUAGGGGUGGAUGGUGCCAUCAGUAGCCAGACCAUUAACGCUGUACCUUUUUACCUGUCCUCUGGGUAUGUAAUGUUAGUGCAGCGCAGUCUGCAUAGAUCCCUCAUUACUAAUAAGUAAUAUAUUUUUCCCCCCCAUAGAUGACUGGUUUUGAUUCAAACUUGACGCGAUGUAAAUUUCGUGCUCGUUGCUUUAAAGUGACCGGUAGGUUGCAAGGAGAAAGGUGUAAAAUUUACGGUGUGCCGGACAGGAAUGUUGCACGCACCAUCACUCUUUUUAUUUCCGACUUCUGGCGACUGCAACAUUGUAUUCCAGUCAUGACUCCAGUUAAGGAGCCCUGCAAUGGGGAUUGUUCUGCAGGCAUAGGACUCUGGAAGCCCAAUGUUGUCAUAGUCGAACUCCAGGAUGCAGUAGAUCAUGAGUCCGAUAAUCCUAUAAGUCUGCACCUAGGCAGAAUCCAUAGAUGUUUCAGCUUCCGCUUAUCGAGGACUCCAGUGACCGGAAGACGGGAGAAAUGCUGGUAGCUCUUGAUUGCACACUCCAGGUUCUCAUCGAACACCUCAUCAUCAAAAUGACGCAAGAUGGAGCGCGCACACGUUAACAUCUUGGAUUUCAAACUCUUCGAGGAAAACUAAAAAAAAUGCGAUAAC